UGAACCUGCAGCGGUGGCCAUGGAGAGGAACUCGUCGUCGUGGGAAAGUGCUGGUGCGCAAUCGCUUGCCUUUUUAGGGAACGCAACGGUCAGCGGUGAAAGAACGGAACUUCACCUUCACAUGCCAGAGAUUAGCAUACAAUGCACGGUCUACGAUCAACGUCUGGGGCUUGUUGUUGCCGUAGCAGCCGGCGCUAUCCUUUGGAAAAUCAUGAUGUCCAAGAGUAGCCUCACAAAAAAGCCACAUAAACCAAAAUCACGGAGGCUGCUGUCUGGGGCUCUUCCGCCAGUUUUUCCAAAUGGUUGGAUUCCAGUGCUUGAGUCGACGGAACUUGUUGUAGGAAAAAUCAAAUCAGUCAGCGCCUUAGGUCAGGAAUUCGUCGCAGUCCGAUGUGAGGACGGAACGGCGCGCGUAUUCGACGCAUACUGCCCACAUUUGGGCGCCCACCUGGGAAUGAUGGGCCGUGUGGCGGGAGACAUCAUCGAGUGUCCUUUCCACGGAUGGAAGUUUGAUUGUAAAAGCGGAUCUUGCACCCACGUGCCGUACUUCGCCAAAGCCCCUUCUUUCGCCAAGGUGAAUGUCUGGAUGUCUAAGGAACUCCUCGGCCUGGUGUUCGUAUGGUACCACGCAGACGGCAAGGCACCCUCAUGGGACGUACCAGAGGAUAUAUUGAGCCGCACUCUGGAGUCGAAGUCUACGGGUCGAUUCGAGCACUCGGUGCACUGCCACAUCCAGGACAUAGCUGAGAAUGGUGCCGACUCGGGUCACUUCAACAAGGUCCACAAGGCGAGCAGCUUGGUCAACGGCACCGAGUUCGAGAAGAACAUGGGCGAGUCGUGGAAGGGCCGCCUUUUCCAGCACCAAUGGGUGGCUACAUGGAGCCCAAACAAGCACGAGGCUAUGGUGGUCAUUGAGGCCUUCAUAUCUAUCCUCGGCUGGAAGCCCGACUAUCUGCGUCAUCAAGUCGAGGCUCGCCAGGUACAUCCAAACAACGACCCGCCGUGGUUGCUCA